AAAACUUUCCCAAGCGACGGGAGUCCCACCGAACCGACUGUCCGCGCGCGACCAGUCAGUCCCGGGGCCGGAAUUUGUUAAGGAAUCUCCAUCCACAAUACCUAUCUCGCCCCGUCUCUUUCCCCGGCUCCGUGAUAUGAGCGGCAACCUUGACCGAUUGCUGGCGACACCUCUGCAAUAGCACGGAUGAAGUCCUCCCUCCGGAUCCAGUCCACCCUUGGACUCCUCUUCCGGCCCUGCGCCGUCUCGGCCCCCGCCACUGCCCCUGGGCUCAACGCACACGCACGAUGGGCGCAUAAGACUGCCGCCCAGCUGCCCCUCAUCCCCAAGCCGACCCCCUUCGUCCCCGACGUCCCUACCUUCCUGACCUUGAUCGGUCGCGACCUCAAACAACAUGCCGACAAGUUCCCCACGUGGGAGGCCCUCUUCACCCUCACUACCGACCAACUGAGAGAACUCGGCGUCGAGCCCCCAAGGGCAAGACGCUACCUGCUGCGAUGGAGGCAACGGUUUAGGGAGGGCAAGUUCGGCAUCGGUGGCGACCUCAAGCACGUUGAAAACGGUGUCGCCUACCUGAAGAUCCAUGAGAAGGAGGCAAGCCCUACCAGAACCUCACGAAGGGUCGUCAACGUCCCCGCCAACCAGCACGUCGAGGAGGUUUCUGAAGGCGAACGUGUCAAGGUCAAGGGCUACAAGGUCAAGGGCGUUUCUACAAUCGUUGGCCCCUACGCCUUGCCGGUCCAGAAGGGCGUCGCCAAGCUCGCCGUCACUGAGGGCAUGUGGGAAGACAAGAGAGGACACAAGGUCGACGGUGGUGAGCGUAGACGCGCCGAGGUGCGCUUCAAGAGAGGUGUGGCGGAGCGCAAGGCCCUAAGGGAGAAGAUGGGCUUCUACUAAACAAAUCAAUCGGGCUAUGGUCAUGGAUGAUUGGGUUGGUUGAGCUGCCGUCAGAUUUGAACGUUUGCUCGGUUGGCCACAGGCUCUACUCCAUUUGUAGCCAUGUGUAAAAUCUGUAUAUUAAUGGUAUUCGGCUUGCCAUGUUCCGGGGUCCUGGGCUGUUCUCAUCCCCUGGUGACCCAUGUCUUGCGACCAUCGUCGCUGUAAGAAUGGCCAGAUAUUAAUGUGCGGGGAUGCUAUGGACAUGGUCGAAGAGGGCUAGAGCUGUCAUUGGAAAUAGUCCAUUGGACUUCCUUCUGUUACAUUGGGGCUUUCCUGGAACAGUCCGGCCUCACUCCGAUCCCAAACCGUUGGCACUAGGAUCCUUUGUCCCGGUUCGUUGUCAACCCAGUGCAUCCGUUUGAACGAACAAGCCGUACUCUCCGGAUAUAGCAUGUAUGCUGUUAUGCCCCUUAUCUCCGUGAUCAGCUGCAAACGUUCAUGGCUUUCUUCGGUGAUAACAGCCAACAGGACCCCCCAUUUUUCUUGGCCAUUUACCUACUAGAAUAGCUUCUCCUAACAACGUCCGCUUUACCACGCACGCCGUUUCACUUUGAUGUCUUACCAUCAAGUUUACCGUCAGCUCUUUAUGCGCCAUACAUCAAUAAUUUCUAGAC